UCAGAUUUAUGAGUAAAUUUAUGAGUCAUAAGACAAUUAACCAUUCAUGAAUUAGGGGAUUUGAUUUGGAAGAAUAAAAAAAGGAAUAGCCGGAUUGAGUUCAUGGAUUCAAUUUAACCUAGGUAUCCAUAGAGCAAUAAAUGAUUUUUAUAUCCGAAACGCAUUAGAAAAGAAGGGAAAUCUACGAGAAAAAAAAUCAUUAUAUAAAUGAGAAAAGCCUCCAAGGUCCCAUCCCCAAAAUGCUAGGAGGUGUUCGGAAAUGGUUGAAGUAGUUGAAUAGGAGGAUCACUAUGACUAUAGCUCUUGGUAAAUUUACCAAAGAUGAAAAUGAUUUAUUUGAUAUUAUGGAUGACUGGUUACGGAGGGACCGUUUCGUUUUUGUGGGUUGGUCCGGUCUGUUGCUCUUUCCUUGCGCCUAUUUCGCUUUGGGGGGUUGGUUCACAGGUACAACCUUUGUAACUUCAUGGUAUACUCAUGGAUUGGCAAGUUCCUAUUUGGAAGGCUGUAACUUCUUAACCGCUGCAGUCUCUACUCCUGCUAAUAGUUUAGCACACUCUUUGUUGUUACUAUGGGGUCCUGAAGCACAAGGAGAUUUUACCCGUUGGUGUCAAUUAGGUGGUCUGUGGACUUUUGUUGCUCUCCACGGCGCUUUCGCAUUAAUAGGUUUCAUGUUACGUCAAUUUGAACUUGCUCGAUCUGUUCAAUUGCGCCCUUAUAAUGCAAUCGCAUUCUCUGGUCCAAUUGCUGUUUUUGUUUCCGUAUUC